UCCAGACAAACACAGCCCGCACCACGAUCGCUACGUGCGAGGCCCUGUGCCGCAACAGCGAUGCGUGGCGCCGCUGGUAGGGGGCAACCUUCGGGCGGCCGCCGUCGCCGCCUGAUGACGCGAGUGCUGAACGCCGUGAGGGAGAUGGGCGGGCCGCGCGGCUGUUCUGCCAAGCAGAUCCUCAACAUCCUCAACAACGACGCGUCAUCUCAGGUGGACAAAGCCCGCUUGGUGACGACCCUGAAGAGAGGCGUGGAGACUGGUGCGCUGUCGUUCCGCGCAGGCAGAUACAAGCCUGGGGCGCGCUCCACGGGCUGGCGGGAGAUCUGCUGCCGGAAGCGGCCGGCAAAGUGGCGCGCGCGCUGCCGGCGGAUGUUCAGCAGGCCCUGUCGCAAGCUGAGGCGGCGCCGCAGCUGUCGCAGGAGGCGGCGCCGCUCCUGCAGGCGGAGGCGGCGCAGCUGCCGCCGCAGAAGGCGCCGCUCUUGCCGGCGAAGGAAGCGCAGGAGACGCCGGCGCCGAUGCAGCUACGACGACAUGGACCCGGAGCCGGCGUCGUUGGGCAGCCGUGGCGCCAGCGGCGGAGGGAACAACUGUCGCUCAGCCUCCAGUCAGAAGGCGCAGCAGAAGUAG